UGGCUGGCAGCGGCUGGGCAGGUCGGCGCUGGGCCCUACGCACUUUGCGUAACAAGGGGGUUUACCAAAGACCUGGAGCUUGGCCUUGGGCAAGCCCAGCCUAUCUCAUGUUGGGGGGUGGGUGAGCGGCGAGGCUGUGGAAGAAGAGAAGGGGAAUUGGACGGUUGAAGGGAUUAUAAUUUCUUCAGAAAGAAGGGGUAGGGAGAGGCCAUGGCUGUCCCAGCCAAGAAGAGGAAGAUGAACUUCUCUGAGCGAGAGGUGGAGAUCAUCGUGGAGGAGCUGGAACUGAAGAAGCACCUGCUGGUGAACCACUUCAACGCCGGGGUCCCUCUGGCUGCCAAGAGCGCGGCCUGGCACAGCAUCCUGAGAAGGGUUAACGCUGUGGCCACCUGCCGCAGAGAGCUGCCCGAGGUCAAGAAGAAGUGGUCUGACCUCAAGACCGAGGUCCGUCGCAAGGUUGCCCAGGUCCGGGCAGCUGUGGAGGGUGGUGAGGCCCCAGGGCCCACUGAGGAAGAUGCAGCUGGUGGGCCAGGGACAGGUGGUAGCAGUAGUGGCGGUGGCCCAGCUGUAGCCCCGGUACUGCUCACCCCCAUGCAACAGCGCAUCUGCAAUCUGCUGGGCGAGGCCACCAUCAUCAGCCUACCCAGUACCACAGAGAUCCACCCCGUGGCCCUCGGACCCCCGGCUACUGCAGCCACAGCCACGGUCACCCUGACACAGAUCCCCACGGAGACCACCUAUCACACGCUGGAAGAGGGAGUGGUGGAGUACUGCACGGCGGAGGCCCCCGCGCCCCUGCCGGCGGAGGCCCCCGUGGAGAUGAUCACCCAGCACGCCGACCCCUCAGUCAAGCCGCAGGCGCUCAAGAGCCGCAUCGCCCUCAACUCGGCCAAGCUGAUCCAGGAGCAGCGCGUCACCAACCUGCACGUGAAGGAGAUCGCCCAGCACCUGGAGCAGCAGAACGACCUGCUGCAGAUGAUCCGCCGCUCGCAGGAGGUGCAGGCCUGCGCCCAGGAGCGCCAGGCCCAGGCCAUGGAGGGCACCCAGGCGGCCCUGAGCGUCCUCAUCCAGGUCCUCCGGCCCAUGAUCAAGGACUUCCGCCGCUACCUGCAGAGCAACACGCCCAACCCUGCCCCCGCCUCGGACCCUGGACAGAUGGCCCAGAACGGGCAGCCAGACAGCGUCAUCCAGUGAGGGCAGGCUUUGAGCCAGCCGUCUGCUCUGAUGGGAUGACGUGGCCGUGGUCUUGUAAGCGGGUCCUGUGACUGGCCUUCGGCUGGGGCCGGCGGCAUGGACAGCUCCCUCUUUAAUAGACAUCGAGGAGCUCCGCUGUUUUCAAGAAAGAGAGGAGACUGGGAAGAGGGGCUUGCUGGGAUCCUGGGACCCAAGCCCUCUAACCCCCACCGUUCCGGCCGCCUUGUCAAGAACCCGAAGACUGGUCAGGCGCUGGUGAUGGGACACGUGUUGUCGUGAGCCGGGGCUUGUGACAGGACCCAGCCCCAGUCAGGACACUCGUAAGGAAGGCCGUCACUGGGGCAUCGUCACACAGCCACACAGCAAGGGGAGGGGUGUCUGUGCUGAAUGCCCCACCCCCAAGUGCCAUCUUUUGAGUAAGAUGAUGUCAGCGGCGCUGGCAGUAGCGUGGUGGCAUCUCCUUCCUCCCGUGGGAGGUGGGGUGACUGGGCCCGCAGAGAAACCCCACCCGUUCCCCUCACCGCACCUCCGUUCUCAGGAGACUCUACUCAGUGCCCGUGACCUUUCCUCCUCACCCCGUGCACGGCAGGGACCCUUGGUGCUGCCCGGGGCUGCCUCCGCGACACACCGAGGAUGUGGCCCGCCGGGCGCAGGAGUGCUGUGCAUGGCGGGGGAGGCUUGGCUGCCACCUGGUCUUCCACUGCGUCCCCGGGCAGCCCUUGUAUGGCUUGUCCCGUCAGCUUUUGACUCAGGUCAAGCAUCGGGCUUUGGGUGCUGUACAUUUUAGAGGAAGCAAGCCAGUGUGGACACUUAUUGCCCCACUGCAGAGGGUCUGUGGCGACCUGUGGGCCCCUUCCAGAAGCCUCGCUUCAAGCCACUUUUAUUUAUUCUGCCCACGAACGCCUCCUGGGAAGGCCUCCAGGUUCUCCCAGGGCCACUCGGGCCACGCCCUUCCUCCUUUCUUCUCUACUGACUGCACACUUCCAAAUCUGGGUGGGGGAAAAAAGCCUGCUCUGCAUCACACGCUGGACAACGUCCACACAUCAUUCAGAGUCUUGAGUUCCUUAGAGAACCCCCCUGGCUGGCCGGCUGGGUCUGCAGGCCUGGCUGGCCCUGAAUGUCUGCGGUGAGAGUGUCACCGACCUAAGAAGGGGGACCUUUGGUUUCUGUGCGGUGGGAGAGCGCACAGACCCUGGAGUCCUGAAAGAGGUGGCGUUCCCUGUUCUGUCCCGACACUUUCUCCCGUUUGAGGGGAGUUUACCCAGAUGGCAUUCGUCUGUUCCAUGUUCAGAGCCAAAUCAGUUGACUCCAUUACCGAGACUCUGGCACCUUUUCCGACCAGUUCCCAGGUUUGCCGUCUUGCUGUUGGUGCCUUGACCACACGUGAUUGCCGGUUCCAGCUCAAGGCUCCAGAUCUCGGCUAAACAAAGAAGGUGCUGCCCUUCUGGGCACGUGCAUUCAGAAUGGCUCGGCUCCAUCACUGCAGUCACGGAAAGGUGCCCCCAGAGACGGUUGGGAGGUGACCCCCGAGCCACCGAUCUCUGUGGAGGACGUGUGCAGGGCCAGCUACAGAGCCGUGGAGAGAAAGCAGGCCUGCGAAGGGGUUGGCUGGCCGAGGAGCAGCUCUUCUCAGCGUGGCUGGGAAGCAGCGGCCCCUGGCCACCUGGGCGUGUCUCCUUCCGAGGGCCGCGACGGCUCCAGCGGCGUGGCUGUCGGCGCUUCCUGAGGGUUUUUGAUUUGCUUUGGUUUUUCUCUGGGGUUGGCCAUCUGAGCCGAUACCGUGUCUGUUCCGAUUGAACAUACAGGAGAAGGAAGCCUGGAUCACUUAAUCUGACUGGUUCUUUCCGGGUCCAUUUUAAAUUAAAGAGAUACACUUUUUU